CACUAGAGAGGAGGAAGUUCUGGGGGAGAUUUAUACUCCUAUCAAUUGGGCACGGAUCUGGAAACUAAACAUCCCACCAAAUGUUAAGGUUUUUGCCUGGAAAUGGAUCAACUAUAUUAUUCCAACGGGAGCCAAAAUAGUGGAUCGAAUUAAUAAAGGGUGUGAUGAAUGUUCUUUCUGUGGAUUAAGAGAAACCCAGAAGCAUAUCUUCCAAGAAUGUGGGUGGGUCCGUCGAGUUUGGCGACCUAGUUCUCUAUGUUCUUUGUUCAAGAAGGGAGAAAACCUUACCAGUGAGGAAUGGAUGGCGGAAUUGCAGGCUACGAUUUCAGAAGAGCUUCUUAGCAAAUUCAUCGUGGCGCUUUGGUUUAUCUGGGAAGAAAGAAACAAUCAGUUAUGUAACAAGAAAAAACUUGAAGAAUGUGAAAUCAUGACAAAAGCGGAAAGAUGGCUGGAGGAAUACCAAGAGUAUCAGAAGCGGAUAGAAGGAGAUCAGGAGAAGAAGAAUUACCUUUGGCGCCCCCCUGUCUCGACGGAUUUCAAGGUCAAUGUCGAUGCUGCAUGCUUUGAUGGGGAGGGUUCUGGGUUCCGGAUGGUGAUAAGGGAUCGAGAAGGAAAGUUUUGUUUGGCGUCUGUGAAGAGAAGUCGAGUUCAAUGGACCCCGGAAAUGGAGGAAUGUUUGGCAAUCAGGUGGGGGAUUGAUCUAGCAGUGGAGCAUGGUUUUGGACAGUGCGAAAUUGAGACGGAUUGUCUGGGUGUCGUCCAUAAAUUGAGAAGCGAGGGGAAGGUGAUGACCGAGGAAGGAGUGCUCUGUGAAGAGCUUCAUGACCAUCUGAGAGACCUGGGUUCUAUCAAAGUGGACUUCUCGGGCCGAAACAGUAACAAAUCAGCUCACCUAAUGGCCCAUAGCACUUGUGAAUGGGAGAGAAGCAGAAGUGUGGGCUACAAGCCCACCAUCUUUUCUGAUGGCUCAGCUUUUAACAGAUUCCUGUAAUAUUUCUGCUACAUGAUGAAAUAAUACAAGGUUUUCUAUAAUAAAAAUUUAUUAUGGAAAUAAUUAGUGAAUGAUGGUAAUCUAUGCUAGUAAUCACUAAUGACCGUGCUUGCCCUUAGACCUUAGUGGCUCUAGUGUCUACCAAAACGAAAAGGAUAUAAGAAAGUAAGAACAAUGUUGAUGGAAUCUGAUGUGUACCGUGAUAUGUUAACAUACUUUGCAAUUUCCACUCAAUUGAUUUUCACCAAGAUGGAAAGUAGUUAGUUUGCUUAAAAAUAUUAAUAUUCAUUUUUUAUAUAUUUUUCAUGAAAUUUUUGGACAACUUGUAUCACAUUCUACCUCCUAAUUUUCAUUUGGGUUUAAAAAUAAAUUGCAUAAAGGAAA